CUGAGGUACCUCUGGGUGGACUCAAACCUCUAACCUCCAACCUUUCAGUUAGCAGCCACGCACAUUAUCUGUUUUUACCACCCAGGGACUCUGGUACUUAGGUCAGACAUCCAUGAUUACAGAUGCCAACUCCAUGGCCAGCAUCUGACUUCAAAAGGUGGCCAGUAUAUAAAGCUCACAUUAUCCAGAGCUUCCAGACUCAGAAGCAAGGUGUCUCACACCUCGUUGUAAGUGAUCCUCCCUUGUCACUUAAUACCGUAAGACUUAAAGAUAUGACUCUGAUGAAACUGCUCAGAAAGUUCCAUAUGAUUCCAGUGCCAUUUCUUUACAAUUAGAAGAGGAUCACGUUGAUGGCAAUCUCUAGUGGACUGAGAAUCUAGCCUGAAUUCUGUGGAUUUGUUGACUUUUGAUUUUUUGUCAAUUUCAUGUUAAAGAAAAAUGGAUUUUCUCCUCUCCUGUAAAAGGUAUCUUUUAUAUUUAUAUAUGUAUGUGUGUGUGUAUAUAUAUAUAUAUGAGUAUACAUACUCAUGCAUAUAUAUAUAUCUGUAUAUGUAUAUGUGUGUGUAUAUAUAUAAAAAAUGUUAGAAUAGUUUCAUUCGUCCUGAUUUCAGGCUAUCUUUCAGCUGUCAGCCCCUGUAAUCUGUAAUGCUAAACUGGAUAUGUCAUACUUAGCCAAUAUCUUAAGGUCUAUUGCAGCAGCACUUUUUCUUAAAACUUUCCACACACGUCCCAUUGGUAUCAUAUGAACCUUGUGUCUUAGCUCAUUUUUAAAUACUGAUUGUUUAUCUUGGUGUUUCUGGCACUUGAUAUUUAUAUUGUGUUCAGAGAAUUCUUUCAAAAUGGAAACCUACAGUUCACAUUAGGCAAAAACUGAAACUAUACGAUACGACUCUAUCUUAUAGAAUGAACCAGGCAGUUUCUCUUGAAUAUAUGUGUUUGUUAAAUGCAUUCUUAAAGUUGAUCACUUUACAGAAUAAUUAGUGAAGAAAAGAUUAAGAUGGAGUUUUAUAGGCCACCAAGAAGUAAUUUCUUAGUUGUUGUUAUUGUGUGCCAUUGAGUCAAUUCUGACGCAUAGCAACCCUAUAGGACAGAGUAGGACUGCCCCAUAGGGUUUCCAAGGUGGAUUCUAACUGCUGACCUUUCGGUUAGUAGCCGAGCUCUUAACCACUGUGCCAACAACAACAAAAACCAAAACCUCACCUGCUAAUUUCUUAGUAGUGUAUUCUCAGUGUCAAAUGACUUGUGCAUUCUCAGUGUCAAAUCUCCUUAGGCUAAUUAUGAUUUUACUUACUGGAAGUAGGACAAACUUUCUUGCUUAAAGCAUUAUUUUGUUUUUCUAAAGUGGCAGAAGACAAUAAAUACAUAGGAUGGCUAAGUUAAUGGCUGCUUUGAGUAAUGAUGUCCUUUUGCAUACCUGGUCUAGUAAAGAAAAUGCAGGAAGGAUUUUGCCUUUCUGUUUUUACCAAACUUCACUUGGUUCAGACAGGUAAAAUAAUUGUUCCAAAAGUACCUGAUUUUGACCAUGACUUAAAACAGAAAAGAAAUAGGGCAGGAGAUUUGAGAGGGAAGAGUACAUGUCAUGUACAUAACGCACAUUGGUGGCAGUCUGUUAACUUGUGACCUUUCUAAUAUGUAAUUUGGACAGCAAGACUGCUUUCUAAAGGCAUUUUGCUGUAACAUCCUGUGUAAUAGACCUUGCAAAGGUACAAAUUUUAAAUGUUCACAAAAUUGAUCCUGAAGUUUAUGGCUAGUAUUUGCUAUUGCAUAAUCCUAAGAUGACUGUGCUCUCUGUGUGAGGCACAUUUUAGCCAGCAUUAAGAUUUCUGUGGUCUUGUUUUAUUUUCCCUAGAGGUGGUGUUUGUAUUUGUUUUUGCUUUUAUUUUUUCGUUGAAGGCAUUAAUUGUUGGCGCUUUAUUUAAUGUCUGUCUAUCCUGGCAAAGCCGUGGGAGGUAAUUUGUCAAAAAUGCCAGAAGCAUUGACAUCUCUUAUGUUCACAGUUGACUUUGAUUAUAAACAGUAGUAUCCUUUAUUUUAAGGGCCCUCUGCGAGUCCCUGCAAGGUUUUCAUCUGAUGCUCAGCAAAUCGGGAGAAAGUGAACCUAGGAAAACAGGCUUUUCCUCUCCCAUCUGCUCCCCUUUUGUCAUUUGGGAAUACCAAAACAUGUUUUCAGGUUGCUAAUAAUUUUUAAAAUUUGCAUUCUUGGAUUUUACACAGUUAUUGUUAUAUUAAAAUAUAAAUUUGAAUUCCAGCAGUCUCUUAAGAAUCUAUUCUUUCAGCGAACUUUUGUUGAGCUCCUGUUAUAUGCCGAAUUCCAUGCUGGGCCUUGGGAUACAGCGAUAAAAACCCGCCAUCUCUCCCUGAAGGAGCCUCUGGUAGCAAGGAUGACAGCUGGGGAAUGGCAGUCAAUGUGUAUUCUACCUCGAUAACCCAAGAGACUAUGAGCAGACAUGACAUCAUUGCAUGGGUUAACGACAUAGUAUCUUUAAACUACACAAAAGUGGAACAGCUUUGUUCAGGAGCAGCCUAUUGCCAGUUCAUGGAUAUGCUCUUCCCAGGCUGCAUUAGUUUGAAGAAAGUAAAGUUUCAAGCAAAGUUGGAGCAUGAGUAUAUUCACAAUUUUAAACUUCUGCAAGCAUCGUUUAAGCGAAUGAAUGUUGAUAAGGUAAUUCCAGUGGAGAAGCUAGUGAAAGGACGUUUCCAAGACAACCUGGAUUUUAUUCAGUGGUUUAAGAAAUUCUAUGAUGCUAACUAUGAUGGGAAGGAGUAUGAUCCUGUAGAGGCACGACAAGGGCAAGAUGCAAUUCCUCCCCCUGACCCUGGUGAACAGAUCUUCAACCUGCCAAAAAAGUCUCACCAUGCAAAUUCCCCCACAGCAGGUGCGGCUAAAUCAAGUCCAGCAUCUAAACCAGGAUCCACACCUUCUCGUCCCUCAUCAGCCAAAAGGGCUUCGUCCAGCAGCUCAGCAUCCAAAUCUGAUAAAGAUUUAGAAACACAAGUCUUACAGCUUAAUGAACAGGUACAUUCAUUAAAACUGGCCCUUGAAGGUGUGGAAAAGGAAAGGGAUUUCUACUUUGGAAAGUUGAGAGAGAUUGAGCUACUCUGCCAAGAACACGGGCAGGAGAAUGACCUCGUGCAGCGACUAAUGGAAAUUCUCUAUGCUUCAGAAGAACACGAGGGCCACACAGAAGAACCGGAAGCAGAGGAGCAUGUCCACGAACAGCAGCCCCAGCAGCAGGAAGAGUACUGAACCGUCUCAGCAGCUCUUGACACUUCCAUUUUGUGUCAGAACUUUUCUUUGGAGAAUUGGAACAUGUGUGGCCUCAAGCUCAACAGAAACCAGUUGUUUCCAAUCUGCCGUUAACAUCAACACACUGUUGCAUCCGCCAGCCACUGCGCUUGGUUCCCAUUUACUUUGCCAAGAUGCGUUAGCAGACGGCAGUUCAGGCCGUCUACCUGAGAGAUUGUAGGGUCACAUACCUUCAACUUCACCACUUGGCUGCUUCAGAUUGGUUCUGCUCUUUUCUUCAUUUCUGUCCAGAACAACCCUCCCUUGCCCCUCCACCACCACCACUCCCUUUUUAUCCUGGUGUGAAACAAUGGUAAUUUGAUAUAUGGUAUUUAUAUUGGCAUUUCUCAACCCAAUGUCACUAGAUGUCACAUGCAUUUGUGGUGCUUUGAUGUUUGCAAGUCUAACCUCUGAACAUAAAUUGGGUCAAAUAAGAAAUUGGAACAAAGGGAAACAGAUACUUGAUAUGAAAGCCAUAACAACAGUGACUUGUUUCAUGGGGGGAAACCCCAGGUCAGUUUCCCCCAGGUCAGUUUCUCUCUCUACUCACAGCACUGAGGAAAAAAAAAAAAGAUUCAAAACAAGGACUUCAGGGCCCAGCAGUGUUCAUUCAUUGGCAUGCUAGACCACCACACAGUAUGUUGUUUGUUUUGAAAGACAUUCACUCAAGGAAAACACCAUCUCAACUUCGCUCUCUGCCCCACUACCCCUGCUCUCUCCCCACCCCCAGGUUCUCAUGCUCCUUUCUUUCUCAGGGUCCUCUUUGGUGGGCGGCCACUCUCCCCAAGAUGCUGUCAUCAUGAUCUGCAGUCCAAAAGGGGGUCGGGUAGGCGCAGGUCCCCCUGCCUCUGUCCCUCCUAUCCCUCCUUGGGUGGUUUUCCACGCAGAUCCUAGCUUUCACACUAGGGGACUCCUGCUGAAGAGCGACUUAGCAUGUACAGCGCUGGCUUUCAGGUUCCUGUGUCAUGAGGCACACUUUCUGGAAGGCUGGCAGUGAAGACCUUAUGAGUAGAAGCCUAAUGCCAAGGGAGAGGCAUGGUUCUGCAUCUGGUGUUGACACUGGAAUAACAGCACAUAAAAAUCCGUGACUCCCAGUACCUUCAGGACUAAGGAAUUUCCCCUCUUGAACAUUAGGGCCCUUCUUUUCACCAGCCUUUGCUAAACAGUGGCGACUCAUAAAUAUAAGAAGCAUAAUGAAUUAAAAGCAUUCCUUAUUUUUUUAACUAAUAUUUGCACAUCAUUUUCUCUUUUCCAAAUCUUUGCCUCCCCCCGCCCCCCUGACAGAUGGUAUCCCUUCCUGGACCAUUCAUUUCACUUGGUCUCUAGAUUUACUUUCACUUAUUAUUUGACUUGCAGCUACAACAAAAAAACAAGUGUGCCCACCCCACUUUCCACUUCAAUGAAAAGCAAAAAUAAAUGUCUGAAUUAUGUCUCAUAAAGCUUUGAAAGUUCUUUUUUAACUGAUCGAAUUCUGAUUCUAAACUCUAGCAUCGAAGCUUUCCGCCAGAAGAAAUCUUCUCAAAAUAAAUCUUUUGCAGCAAAGUGGUAUCUAUUGAGUUAUAUGGGGAAAAGGUUACUUGUGUUUUUGAGGUCAUAACAACACACUGUGCAGAAUUGGACUGAUGUUGUGUGGUAUUUGCUUCCCUUCUCUCUCCUGCUUGCUCUGCACAGCAGUGGUAGCUCAUUUCUCUAAGGCUGGAAAGCCUGGCUCUUGGCAGUGACAUCCUCCCACACCUGGUUCCAGGUAGUGGCUGUGCUAUACGCAGCGCCGUGCGUACCGGUAUGUUGCCCUCCUGAGCCUGUUGCACUCACUGACUGUUCACUAUGUCUUGCAAAGAGGCAAAUAAAUGAUUCCAUGCAGACAACGUUUCCUAGGCAGUUCUUCGCCUGCCCUCAGCAUCUCAGUAAUACCCAGUGCCAGGUGGAUCACCACCAAAACUUCUCUCUAAUGUGGAUGCCAUGAAUGGCCCAGCAGGGAGUCAGGAUCCUGUCUUCUCCAGAAACCACUUGAUACUGUAUUAUUUGCAUAAGCCUCACCCAUGACAUUCACUGGAACCACUCCAUUCUUCCCAGCUCCCUCACCCUUCUCAGCUGAAAAACAUACUGGCCAGAUAUACUGCAAAGAAAACUUUGCCCAGUCAUCAUAUCUUAUUCUCCUUCCUGAAGUUUUGGGGCAGACUAUCCAUUUAUUUAAAGAAGAGCUAUAAAUCCUUUCCAUGCCCAUUUCAAACAUACUCUGUUGUGUUGCAUCCCAGGUGAAGUCAUCAAUGCUUUGGGGACUCUUUAACAGCUAAAUUGCUGAGUUACUCCUUCUCUUCUAUAGCCCCAGCCUCUGUACUCACUUCCCUGGCUGCUCCUUUCUUCUCUAUGACGGUACCCAUCAUUCUCACCUCCUGGCAUUCAGGACACGCUUUCCUCUGUGGCCACCUGGCCGAGCACUCACCGUGCUGGGCCAGGAAGUAUCCUUUGGUAUGCUGUCCUCCCUGUCAGCAAGCCAGACUUCAUUCUCAGUCUGCCAUCCAUACCCAUCUGUCAACUGGUUCUAGCACAUCGACUACUAAAGUCAGAUAGGACGUGAUUGAAGCAGGGGGCAGAGAGAGAGCCCGUGUUCUUUCUAAGCAGAAAAAGAAAAUACAAACAGCCCUGUUGACCCGAGAGAAGUAAACUCCAGAAGGGGACCGAGAACUCUUCCCUUCCCUGGUGAGUAUUCCCAUUAUUCCGUUAAGGUUUAAUAUGCAUUCAAAUUACUUUUAAUAAAUAGUACACCAUAAAGCUUUUGUUAUAUAUUAAAUGUAAACUGAAAGGAAUGUAAACAUAUGUAUUGUUAAUUAUAAAUAUAGAUAAGUAACGACACAAUAGAUGAAAAAGUCUCAUUCAGAUGUAUUACAUUCAUUUUACAUUACCCACUAUUGUCGCAUGGUAGGAUAGUUUUUUUGGUCUCUGAAUAUGUGAAUAACUUGACUUGCGUUUAUCUUUUUACAUAUUUAAUAAUAAAAAAAGUAUAUGUUAAAAUCUGCCUGGAUCUAUAGAUUCUUAAAUUUUUAUGCUAAAGUUUUUUUUUUUUUUAAUUUCUUUUUUCGUGAGCGUGUAUCUAUGAAUCAGUUAUUUGUGUGGAUUUACAAAUCUGCAUUUUGUUAUGACUUAACGGGGAGGGGGUGCUUUUUUUUUUUAAUUCAUGGCAUAUGUUUUAACAGGAAUUACAGAGUAAUGUUUGACAUCAAAUGUAGCAGCUGUAGUACUUUUAAAAAACUUCACAGAAAAUAAACCAUUCCCUGGGGAAACAUUGCAUUUGCAGGCAAAUAGAACGGUAGUCCUGCAGAUCCAGCCCGCUCCAUCCGGGCUAGAUUGGAGUGGGCAAAGAGGAAACUGUGGGAGAAGGGGACAGGUGUUUUAAGUAAAGCUCUGUGGCGAAUAACCUGUGAUUGGCAAAAGCUCUUUGAGUAUUUUUCCCCUCUUCUUUGUAGACUUUAAACAGGGGCAGUUUAUAGACAUAAGAUAUAAAUGGAAUCCAAAACUUACAAGCACAGGAAUAGAUGGGGGAAAAAAUGUAUUAAAACCAGCCGAGGGAGCCACCUAUAGAGACUGUAGACCAGGUAACAGUCUAUUGAAUGCUUUGCCUUGGAGCCUGCAGGUUGCUGAGGUUCAGCCAAUACCCUUUUCACCCUGGAGGGUGCCAGCCUUCCCUAAACUGCUUUCAAGCACCACCUAGAGGUCAGUUUUGCUUCUAGACUGUCCUUGGGCAAAUCUUUUCCAUUCACUUGCCUUUAGGCACUUUUUUUUUUUUUUUUAACGGCAGAGAUGUGGGAGAAUAACAGAAGACAGAAGGAUUCUACAACUCUUCUCCAUCUGAAUUCAUUUCUCCCCAGAAUACUUGUGUAACAGCACCUGAGUUGUGAAAUCUCAAGCUCAGAGAGCCAUCACCUGAGUUGUGAAAUCUCAAGCUCAGAGCACACGUGUGUUUCUAUCUAAUUCACCAUCUCUGGGCUUUAAACACGAAUCUUUCCCUUAGACGUUGUGCACCAAUCAGCAAGAAUACACAUAAUGCAUCUUAAAAGGUACACAGGUGAGCGCUGGUUAAAUACACAUCACUAAUGGGUCAAAUGUGGUAGAAUAACACGUUCCAUUUUAUUAAGUCUGAGAUCAUCUCUAAAAAUGUGUUCCUACUGGUAUUUUGAGUGGUCUCAUGAGUCUAGAGACCCCCCCCAAAAAAGAAAAGAAAGUUAAUAGGAUUCCACUAAUUUCAAGUUAUGAAAUGGUGGUUCUCUAAACACACACAACUUAGUUUCUGACCUUUCUUGUACCCCUUCCCCCCUUUAACUGCUCAGGAGCCCUGGUGGGGCAAUAGUGAUGUGCUCGGCCGUUAGAAGUCGACAGUGUGAACCCACCAGCAGCUCCAUGGAAGAAAGACCUGGUGAUCUGCUCCCAUAAACAUAGCCUAGGAGACUCUAUGGGGCAAUUCUAAUCUGUCCCAUGGGGUCGCUAUGAGUCGAAAUUGACUCAGUAGCAAACAACAUUAACUGCUAGAACACAACUACUGUGAUCAUUAAGGCUGCUAUCACUAUUAAACAUUUACUGGCCCAAAUUCUCAGUGCUAACGCAAUGUUGCCAAACAGCACAAGUGUCAGAUCAGAGCAUCUCCCAAGAUGUCUAACUUCUGUUUUGUUGAACUGGAAACUCAGACAUUCUCCAUUCAUUGGAAGAGCACUGGCUGCUUUUACCUACAGGAAACCCAAAACCAAAUCCACUGCCAUCGAGUUGAUUCUGAUUCAUAGCAACCCUGCAAGAAGGCAAAGAUCAAACAAGGACCCUCAGAUGGCACCAGGACUUCAGAUCACAAGACUGCCCAAGGGCAGCCGCCCUGAACUCCGAACAGACCCCAUAUGUUAAAUAGGUUGCAUUUGGUGAGGCCAGGCUUGCUUCUGGGCAAGGCUUCAAACCGGUUUGUUCAAGUCCACCCCAGAUACACUGAAUCCGAAUCUACAGUUUACCAAGAUCCCCAGGUGAUUCUUAUAUAUAACUUCCUGGGAACUUGUUAGAAAUGCAAAUUA